UUAUCUACCCUUGCAGAGAUUCAGGGACGAGGAUGAGAAUCCUCCCACCAUGGUCAGAUGGCAACCAGAGAAGGCUACUCCAGAGGAGGCUGAGGCUGUAACAUCGGUCUUCUGGGACAUCAAUUUGUUUCCGGUUCCCCCUGGCUUUGAUGCUCGUCUAGUCCGUCCGUGCAUCAAUUGGUUUUUGAAAUCUCAUGGCUACUCUGCUCCUCCCACCAUCUAUGCCGUUGGCAUACUAACAGACGUCCAUGAUGACAUCCUUGAAGAUCUCUCUUCCACUGGAAUCACUCUUUAUUACGCCCCUCACGGUUCCACAGACAUCAUGUCGCUUAUGUCUCGGUUGAUUUCUACGUCUCCACCCCCGGCUAAUAUUUUGGGCAAAUGCGAUCCGAGAGGCUUCCCUCUACCUUUGAGUGGAUACAACAUUUUCCGGCUGUUUUCCUAUUCUUCUCCUAAACAAGACUCUAUCCUAUGGGGAAGAUCUUUUCUGGCAGAUUCAGGGGCUCUUGAAGAGGAGACGUGCAGUGAAACGGGUGAAUCUGGCAGCUGGAGUUGGUUAAUAUGCAAUCAUAUUGGUGGCCAAGGCUUAGAAAACUUCACCAAGCAUCUCUCUAGUCCAAACCAUUCACAAAACCUUUCACAUGAGGGAAAGGCUUCUAAGAAACGGAGGACGUGAACAAGAAGAAGAAGGAGAAGAAAAAGACUACAUACUUGGUUCACACUCCUCAUACUACUAAUCACCUAAUUUUCCAUCCAUGUUUGCCUUAGCUUAUUGCAUGCCUGUAAUGUUGCAAUAAUAACCAUUGGUUGUGCCUAUUGGUACGAAUCUUCUUUUACGUACGGACGGUGUAUAGUUUCAUGUAAUGAUCAUCUCGUCAGAUUGAGACAUAACAAUGCUCUCACAACAUACUCUUAAUUCUAAGGAUUUGUGUUGCAUUCUCUGAGAUA